AUUACGGCUAAAUUCAAACUUUUGUUUAAAAAAAAAAAAUAUAGCAGCUGUUCAUGAAUUGUGAUCGUUAUUUCUUUCACCGUACCGUCUUUCCCGCCAAAAGCCUCCUUCCAAGGACUUCGACUUCAACGCAGACAAAGGAUUUUAUCUCCAACUUCGCUGAUGCAAAUGGCGAAGCCAAAUACAUGAACAUUCUUCAAGAUCUUGCAAAUCAUAAGAGUCGUGCAGUCAAGAUCGAUUUCGAAGACCUUCUUAAUUAUAAGGACUUGGAUGAAGAGUUCUUUAGACCGAGUUACUGAGAAUACCCGUCGAUAUAUUGGAAUUUUUGCCGCUGCAACUGAUGAGGUCAUGCCGGCCUCCACCGAGCCUUUUCCAGAUGAUGAGCGCGACAUAUUAAUGACGCAAAGAUCUGAGGAUGCGACUGAGAAUCCUGAUGGUUCUGAUCCGCAGCAGAAGAUGCCUGCUGAAAUCAAGCGUUACUAGUGACUUUCUCUAGUUAAAAACACAUUUUCUUGAAAUUCUGUGGAUUUGUGUUAGGCCUAGUUAUCCAGAGAUGAAUUGUUUGGAUUAAAUCUGCAGCUGAUUGCUGGAUUUGCUUAAUCUGAGAUUAUAUUGAUUUUCUAGUGUUUAUGUUGCUAGAUUGUUUUGUAAGGUUGGGAGAAAGUUGGAGAUUCCUUUAUAUAGUACGGCUAACUGGCUAUAAGAAAAAGUAAAGUUUUGUGAAAUUAAAAAUAUCAGUUAAAUUUAAUAUUACUAAUUAUGAACAACUCUUGUAUUUUUAAACACUGUCAUUCCCAAUCCCAUUUUUUAUCCUGAUCGUUUGGCUUGAAUGAUUGUACUGCUUAAUUUGCUAAAUGCUGAAUGUUGUAAAAGGUGCACAUUUUAGCAAUUUUUGUAUUGAUUAUGAUAGGUUAAUCAUGA